UGAACUUCAUCAACAUGUUCAAAUCAAGCCACCUGAACAACCCCUCACCAGAAUGGUGCCUGAGGAGAUAAAGGCGCAUCAUUAGGGAGAGGGUAGUAUCGAAGUACCAGCACACCCUCUAAAGUCGACUUGACGACUUGAGCCUCAACAGGGAAAAUGCCUAUAAAAAGGUUAUUAGCUGAAAUGGGGAGCCCUUUACAACCAUUAAAACAAGCAUACGAUUGCUAGCGCUUCUUUAUUUGAAUUAUAAUAACCAGAAUUAUCUCAAUGCCUUCUCAACUCCUAUCACAAAGGUCCAAGUACCCAUCAGGUUGGGUCCAAUCAGUUCUCCGAUGCACGUACAAUGACGGUGGAGAAGUCAGAAAAGGUCUCAAUGAGUUACUCGGGGAAACAGGCUACAUUCUGAAGCACCGCACUGGUAGAUGGGUAGUCUGGGCGCCCAGGAAGCUCACUGACGUGGACGAAACCGAGCUUGAAAGAAUUGCACACGUGCACUACUAAACUCCCCUAUCGAUACUUCAGCAUUCCUGAGAGGGAUCUAGUGUGUCGAGACUUUACUUUGAUGACCACUACACGAAGGAGAAAGAUGAUGAAUCUCAUAGGCUUGAAAUACACCUGCA